AUGGGGUAUAAGUCAUAUGGAGAGACUUUUUUCAAGACCCCCAAGGGAACUCAGAAAGGUGAACAAGACACUUCCACUCAAGCAAGACCAACACCCUCUCAAAUCUCAAAUGAGAUGGUUCUGAACUUUCUCAUGAGGAUAGAUGGGAAGCUAACUGAUCAAGGCAUAAGAAUAGAGAAAAUUGAAAAAAAGCUUCAAGAGUUGAGAACUCUGAUGAAAGAUAAAAGGAAAACUCCUUCGGGGUCUACAACUGAGCAUGCUCCUACAACACCAAGUCCAGCAGAGCAAGUAAAUGAGAGUCCCAAUCAAACUGAAGGAAAAGAGGCAGAACAGGGUCAAGCAAAGAAAAUGCACAAUGAGGAAUCAGAAUUUGUGGAGAAAGACAGCACACACACAGAGGUGAUUGGAUCUCCACUACAUGAGGGUACACAAGAAGCAGAGUCUUCCUCACCAAAUUCUAAAGAAGUGUUCAUCAUGGAUAUCUUUCAGCAGAUGGUGAAGGAGGAACGAGCUGAAAAUGAAGCAGCCAAAGCGAUAGCAUGA